GGGGGCUCCGGCGGGGCUGCUCUCCUCCAGCCCCCGGCGGCUCCCCCCGGGCUGGGCUGCAGCCGCUCAGGGCCACGGUCCCCUUCCAGCUGCAGCAGCCGCACCAGCGCCGGGACGGGGGUGGCCGCGCAGGGCCUGAGGAGGGGUGGGCCUGCUAAGCGGACGGAAUGAGAGGCUCAGGCACUGGUCCUUCUUCCCCGGCUCCUCUUCUCUCACACCAAACCUCGUUUCACACGUCCUGUCUGCGCUCCACGAAGGCACUCGGACCAUUCCUGACAUUUCUGCUUGCUGGUAUUUCCCCUCGUUUCCAGGAUUGGGCCAGCGUCCCAUGUUCCGUGGCCCCAGAAAAGCCAAUGUGUAGGCCUCAGCCACCCCAGGUCCGACGUACCUUCUCCCUGGACACCAUCCUCAGCUCGUACCUUCUGGGCCAGUGGCCACGAGAUGCCGAUGGGGCCUUCACCUGCUGUACCAAUGACAAGGCCACCCAGACCCCCCUGUCCUGGCAAGAGCUUGACGGUGAGCGGGCCAGCUCCUGUACGCACAAGCGCUCGGCGUCCUGGGGCAGCACAGACCACCGCAAAGAGAUCACCAAGUUGAAGCUGCAACUGCAGAGGACGAAGCUGAGCCGCAGCGGGAAAGAGAAGGAGCGGGGCUCCCCACUCCAGGGGGACCACGCGGUGCGGGGCACACUGAAGGUGUCGCCUCCCAGCUUCCCCGCAGGGUCCCCCGUCCUUCGACUCAGCCCCUGCCUGCACAGGAGCCUGGAGGGGCUCAACCAGGAGCUGGAGGAGGUGUUUGUGAAGGAGCAGGGUGAGGAGGAGCUGCUGCGGAUCCUGGAUAUCCCCGAUGGGCAUCGCGCCCCAGCUCCCCCGCAGAGUGGCAGCUGUGACCACCCCCUCCUCCUCCUGGAGCCUGGCAACCUCUCCAGCUCCCCCUCCGUGCCCCUGGCGUCUCCCCAGCCUCCGGGCCAGGCCGGCCGUGAAGAACAUCGGGGGGCCGCUGAGGAGCUGGCGUCCGUCCCCAGCGACAAAGCCUCUUCUCCAGGCCACCCAGCCUUCCUUGAAGAUGGCAGCCCAUCUCCGGUCCUUGCCUUUGCCUCCUCCCCUCGGCCCAAUCACAGCUACGUCUUCAAGCGGGAGCCCCCGGAAGGCUGCGAGAGAGUGCGUGUGUUUGAAGAGGCCACGUCUCCAGGCCCUGACCUCACCUUCCUGACUUCCUGUCCCGACAAGAACAAAGUCCACUUCAACCCGACCGGCUCGGCCUUCUGCCCCGUCAGCCUGAUGAAGCCCCUCUUCCCCAGCAUGGGCUUCAUCUUCCGCAACUGCCCCUCAAGCCCGGGGUCUCCCCUUCCUCCCGCCAGCCCCAGGCCACCGCCUCGGAAGGACCCAGAGGCCCCCAAGGCCUCCUCGCUGCCGUUUGAGCCGUGGCAGCACAGCCCGCCCUCAGACGAGCCCGUGCUUUUCCAGAGCUCCCUGGUGGUCUGAGGGCCCCGCCCCCACCCCUUCCCAUGGAGACCAGUGCCUUGGUGGCAGGCCCGUCCCUGGCUCCCCUGAGGUGGGCGAUCAAGGAGCCCUUCCCUCUUGACCUUCGAGCACUUUCAUUUAUUGUGUCAAAGCCCUGGGUCCUCUUUCUGAUGGACAUUGUCCCCUCCAAAUAGGAGGGGGCCUGCCUUCUCCACUAGCAGCUGGGCAGCUCACGAGUCACACCUGUGUUCUUGCCACCCCUCUUACUUGGUGGAAAACUCACCCAGAAGGCCUUGGGUCCCCCACCCCUGGGCGAGUUCAAGGGGCCCGUAUAUGGGGCCCUUGCCCUAGUCAUGGAGCAAGCUGGCCGUGAUCAGCGGAGAGAGGACACCACAGAUUUCUUUCCCUCUCCUCCACGGACACAGAAGGGGAGACCCGAGUACGGACACUCCCAUCCUCCCAGCCUCCACUCCCACACUUCCCUUUCAUUGGAGGAGCCGACCAAAGCAGCCCUAAAGGGCCUAACACUUGACCAAUCCAGCUGCUGGCAGAGGAGGAGCCUAACGUUUUCCCAAGUGGCAUUUUCAUCUCGCUUUCAUCCUGACUAAGAUUGUCUUAAGCAGCAGCCCAGCCUGCCCAGCCCCAGGUGGGGUCGGGGAGGGGAGGGACAGCUGGCAUUCCUCUAGGUGGCAAGUGGUGACUCUGUGCCCUCCACCUGCCCCAGGAUUGGGUUGGAUUAGAAAAAUGCCUAUUUUUCUUGUAUCAAUGUAGAAACUCUAUUUUCUCCCAAAGACACUAUUUUUGCAGCUGUUUGAAGUUUGUAUAUUUUCCGUACUGCAGAGCUUCAGAAAAUUGAAGAAUGUUAAUGUUCAAGUUUUCUUAUCCUGUGUUUAGAAGUUGUUUGUGGGUUUUUUUUUUUUUUUGCAGAUCUUGUUGUUAAUAGACCAAAUAAAUAAGUAUUCCCAGCA